AUGAAAGAUGCAAUAUCAGCACCAAAGUUAUCUCACUUCGACUACAUAGUCAUCGGAGGAGGAACAGCCGGAUGUGCAGUAGCCGCAACGCUCUCUCAGAACGCAACCGUUUUAGUCCUCGAACGCGGUGGGUCCCCUUACGACAACCCGACGGCCACAGACAUCGGGAACUUCUUAAACACAUUAUUGAACACAACACCAAACUCAUGGUCGCAGCUUUUCAUCUCCGAAGACGGCGUUUUUAACGCACGCGCACGCGUGCUCGGAGGAGGAACGGUGCUAAACGCUGGAUUCUACUCACGGGCGGAAGAUGAUUACGUGGCGGAAGCUGGUUGGGAGAGAGAAGAGGUCGAAGCGGCUUACGAGUGGGUCGAGAAGAAAGUGGUGUUCGAACCGCAGGUUAAGGGAUGGCAAACGGCGUUUAUAGAUGGUCUUUUGGAGGCUGGAGUGGUUCCGUACAAUGGUUUCACGUACGAACAUAUUUAUGGGACGAAAAUUGGCGGUACGAUCUUCGACGGUGAUGGUCGGAGACACACGGCAGCGAAUUUAUUGGAGUAUGCUGAUCCAAAUAAGAUUACUGUCUACUUGCACGCUUCUGUUCAUAAGAUCCUCUUCACUACCACAGGAAGUAUGAGGCCCAAGGCAAAUGGGGUGAUAUUCCGGGAUGCGAAUGGAGUGUUCCACACGGCAAAACUAGCGACACAGAGCGCAAUGAAUGAGGUGAUCUUAUCAGCGGGUGCCAUCGCAAGCCCGCAGCUACUAAUGUUGAGUGGUGUUGGUCCUGCGGCCCAUCUUGAAGCCCAUGGAGUGACUCCGAUCAUCCUAGAUCACCCCAUGGUUGGACAAGGAAUGGGUGACAAUCCGAUGAACCCUGUCUUCAUCCCUUCUCCUGAACCUGUAGAAGUGUCACUUGUCCAAGUCGCUGGUAUCCCUCAUUUUGGUAGUUACAUUGAAGGUGGAAGUGGCUUAAGUCUCUCCAUUAGUUUGACUCAUAGCUUCUUCAAUGGUGUUAUAGAUCUUCUCAAUGAGAUAAAACUCCCCACCAAAACACUCUCAAGUUUUUUCAAAUCUUUGGAUCUUCGAUUUAACGUGACAACACAAGCAGGUGGGAUGAUUCAGAAAGUGGAUGGACCGAUCUCGAGAGGUCAUUUGGAGCUGCGGAACACGAAUCCAGAUGAUAACCCUUCGGUUACAUUUAACUACUACCAAGAGCCAGAGGAUUUGAAUAACUGUGUUGAAGGACUUAGUGCCAUAAUUAAAGUGAUAGAUUCCAAGAAAUACUCCGAGUACAAGUACCCUGUAGUGACCGGGCGUGGAUUGUUGAGUCUCAUGCUUGCCCUUCCCAUUAAUCUGAGACCAAGGCACAUACACUCAUUGUUCGAUUUGAAGCAGUUUUGUAAAGAUACCGUGAUGACUAUUUAUCAUUACCAUGGAGGAUGUCAAGUUGGAAAAGUGGUCGACAAUGAUUACAAAGUAUUAGGGGUUGAUGCUUUAAGGGUCAUCGAUGCAUCUACGUUUCUCAAAACCCCAGGGACUAAUCCUCAAGCCACGAUCAUGAUGCUCGGAAGGUAUAUGGGACAGAAGAUUCUUCGGGAGAGGGCGGAUUUCCUGGAAACUGAAGAAGAAGCAUGA